UUUGUGUUCUCUUCUCCUCCAAUCUCCCUUCUCAUUUUGCCUAUGGGAUAAUCACUAUCACAACGUUAGAAAUCUUAAUGGACAGCUAGCACAUUUACAAUUUAGAGUUGAGGUAAGUUGACAUCUACUAAUAAAUGGAAAUCGGAGUGGAUGAGGAUCUUUUUCAAAUAAGGUCAAGUUUCAAUUCUGCUCACUGACAUUCUUUAUCAAUAUUUGUGGUUAGUUAAACUGUUGAUUGUGCAUUUUCAAAUUUUAUAUCUUAUAAAAGUUGGAGAAUGAUGCCUGUGGAGGUAAGAGACAGUGUAGAUAAUGCGAAGAAGGUAAAACAGAAGAUGGGAGUGGUAAUUCUAUUUCCAACGAGGCUGAAGAUCCUAAGGUGAUGUGGGAGAAGAAGGGCUUAUCUUUUAGGGAAGUUUCCACCUUGUUAUUGGUUUUUGGAUGUUUUCAUGGAGGAAGAUGAAGACUUUCUAGAAUGCAAAAACCCAAACCAACUGGUGGUGGACCCAGCCAAGGAGGAAACACAAUGGUAGGAUGCAAAGGAGGGACUUCUUAAUAAUCAAUGUUUUGGGAAGAAAGUUGUUUUCACGUGUCUUAAAAAAUCACUUGAAGUCAUUGUGGAAACUCAAAGGUGAGUUAGAGUUUUCACCUUGUGAAUCUCCUUGGUGGAGGAACUGUCCAUGGGUAAUUCCAAAUCAAUAUCUCUGUGCACAAGGUUAGCAACAUGUAUAAGGAUCCCUGAGUUCCCAAAGGAAUCCUAUGCCAAAAAAUUGCUCAUCCUGACAAUUAAUAGCAUUGGCGAUAUGGUUAAAAAUGAUCACUUUUAUCAUUGUUGUGGCUAGAGGAUGAUACACGAGAUGCAUAAAAGUGGUUUUGCACAAAAGCUUCAUCUCAAGUUUCAAAUUUGGCAAAGGAACCUGCUUUAUUGAGAAUGAAAAUCUUGACAGAGUCAAUUUUGAGUGCAAAAAAUUUAGUCAGUGUGAAAAGAGGAAUGAAAGGCAAUGGUGAAACAUGUAAAGUGGAUCAGUAUGGGCUAGGUUGGUUGCCAAUUGGGCAACAAGAUUCUUUUUGGGGCACAAACAUUGCUAUAGUCUGAUGCAUCCACACUCCAAUUUUGGGAGGUUUCUUAGCUUUUUCAGUUACCAAAAUUUGGGUUCCACCAUUUAAGCAAGAAAAGUUGAAUACUUUUCUUCUUUGGUGCUAGCGGGGAGUGGAAAUGGUUCAAUAACGACUAUUACUUUUUAUUCGAUACUAGUCUAGAUAACUUGACAUGCUUGUGUACCUAUACAGUUAGAAAUUGUCAAAUCCAGAGGAAAAAUUAUAAACUAACAAGGCCCUUACUGUGAUUUUUCACUAUUUUCUCGUGCUUAUAUAUAUAUUAUGAAAACAUAAUAUCAUUUUGCAUUUUGCUUGUAGGCCACUAUUUACUGGUUGUUCAUGAUAAUGUUGCACUCAUUUUCUUGACUGAAUUUCAAAAUUUAUAGUAUUAUCACAUUCAUAACAUAUCCUAUUAAUUAUAUGAAUUCCUUCUUCAAUUUGGUAUGCUGACAACAGCCUGAUGAGUUCCUGUCGAGGCAAAGUGACUUGCAGUGAGCAUUAAGAUGCCAAAUUAAAGCCUCCCCUUCCAGUUUUGUAUCGUGUGCGAAUGCUGCAGAAGAGGCAGUGUUGACAUGACUCCAGUGUUCUAGAAGACCUUGGUCUGCCUGACCCUUUGGAUUCGGACCCAAAAUCCAUUACCCGAGAAAGCUGCCCUUCCCUCUCACGACGCGUGUCUAUAUAUAUCUCUAAAGACAGCCUCUAAGGCCGUCCCAACCCACCGUCCUAUGGCCGACGCCACUUUCGAGUUCCCCUCCCUCCUCUUUCCGGAGCUUGUCUCUGCCCCCACAGCCGCCAGUCCUGGCCUGCCGAUCCUAUCUCUAGGCACCUCCAGUCCACCCACGCCCAAGGAAAUCCGAAUAACGCGCCGCCGACCGCCAUCGGAGACCAGUCCGGCGGUGCCGCUCGAUGGUAGCGCAGGAUUGACGAAGCCGGAGUACCGUAGGCUGAGGAGCGCGUCGUCGGGGCGGCCCGUCACUAAAGCCCGACCGACGCACCUCCACUCCCCGUCCCCGUGCGUGCUCGGUCCGGCGAGAGUGCCGGUGACGAUGGGGUUGAGCGACAUCCGGAGCCGGCAGAGACGCCCCGUCGGCGAGGCGAGCAGCCGCUUCGGUUGGAUGGUGCUGCGCUCGCUGAGCUGCAACGGGAUCGAAAGCGCGGCAGUGGCCACGGCGCCGUUGGGGCUCGUUGUCCGUCUCCGAGGGUCGUGAGGGUCCUGGAAGGAUAGUUGUGUGUAAUUAGCCGCCUAGCUUCCGACGUACCAAAUCAUGACUUGUUGCAAUUAAAUAAUAAUUUUGAUAUUUCUUGCAGUCACUUUUUGUAUUCCUACAUUUGUUCCAACCUGCAGAUGGCUGAAGCUUAACUCUCACUUUUGAAUACCAAGCAAGCAUCAUGCAAUUGCAAUUACUUGUGUAUGCAAGCAGUAUGCUACUGAGAUUUUCCUGUUCCCAAGUUUGAAGUAGCAUGGUUGGUUUAGCAGCACUGGAUUUUUGAUGGUGCUAGUGGGAGAGCUUUUUCCGUCAAGUUUCCAUCGUUGGACUUUCAUACUGAUGAUCAGAAAUAUCGGGACAAUCAUGGGAUUUUCACUCAAGGUAUUUAGAGCGAUCGCAGGAGUCAUCAGAGUGCAAUCCAUCCAAUUCCAAGACGAAGAGGAAGAGGGAGGGGAAGAGGAAGGCGAGGGAGGGAGGGGAAGAGAGGGAGAGAGAGGGAGAGAGAGAGAGAGGGCAAGGCGAAUUCGAGCUCGCUUCGCGCUUGGAAGAAUCGCGGCGCGUUACCUCCUCCAUGCUCCGAGUUCCCGGCGACCACCUCCGGCUCUCCUCCGCAUUCGCAUCCGGGCAUCCCUAAGACCGCGGAAUCAAUCUCCGGUACUUCCCCAGCGUCCAAUUAGCCUGCAAAGUUGAGAUCUUUGUCCGACUUCCGGAGCUGGAACUUUUUUUUGUGCCUUUAGUUAUGUUCAGUUCUUAGGGGUUUGAUCCCGCUCGGUCUCAAUUGUCUUCUUGUGGAAGGUGGCCGUAGUUAGUUCGAGCUCGGGAUCAUUGAUCACCGAGUGGAUCUUUUGUUGCUUUAGGGUUUUCUUUGUCGGAUAUGAGAUGUCUGCUUGCUUGUUCCUCGUGGACUAGUAUAAUAUUGGUAAUAGUUGCUGGAAUUUUCUGGAGUCGGAGAUGGAUCACGAUUUAGAUUUCACAAAAUUGAGAAUAAAGCAAAUGGGUCAGUAGUUCCAUUACUCUAAUGCGAUAAACGUCUGCGAUACAUUGAGAGAUGCCGACUACAUCACAACCUUCACAGCGCAGCCGGAUCAAUCUUGGUGAUCUCAAAUUGCAGAUAGCAAAGAAACUCGGCCCUGAGCGCUGCCGGAUAUACUUUAGUUGUUUGAAUCAGUUAUUAGCACAGAAGCUGAGCAAACGAGAUUUCAAUAAGUAUUGUCUUCGGAUCCUUGGGCGCCAGAACAUUCCUUUACACAAUCAGCUUAUUCAAUCAAUUCUGAAAAAUGCCUUUCGAGCCAAAACCAUGCCUCUGUGUAGCCUUGAGAGGGCUACCCCAAAGCCCCUCGAAGCUCUCAGAAACAAAUCAACUUAUGAAGAGAACAUCAAUCAUUUGGCAACUGCAGCCCCAACAAACAGCAAAUGGUCAAAUGGGUAUAUUUUUCCACCAUCACCUCGGAAAGUCAGGUCAUGCAUUCGAGAACGGAGGAACAGAGAGCAUGCUGUUUCUAUUAGACAGAAUGGAGGUGCGACAUCACAAUCUAAAAUGGCCAUAGAUGAGAAUACUGUUAUAGAGAAAAGUGGUGCCAUUGCUCCACAUGAUUUGAAGAGAUCGAUGCAGCAUCACCAAGGUUAUAUUCCUUCUGAGCAGCGACCACUGGUAGAUGAUUUGAUGCCACAAAAUGAAGCAUUUGCAAAGAGGAACAAGUUCUGCGACAUUGUAGCUGUCGAUAUUGGACAAGAAUUGCAACAAUCUAAUGAUUUAAACCCCAGAAAGUUUACUCUCCAAGCUCCACUAGGGAUCCCUUUAUGCCCUGCAAGUCUAGGUGGGGCACGAAGAGCUUUCUAUUCGGUAACAACUUCCAGCGGUGGUUUUCAUGGCAGCAACUAUUCUGGCGGAGAAUUAUGUGAUACUGAAGCACUACAGAAAAGGAUGGGGAAAAUGGCAGAAAUACUUGGCUUGGAAAGAGUCACAUUGGACUGCUCUAACCUGCUAAAUAAUGCCUUAGAUACUUACUUGAAGGGUCUAAUUAGGUCAUGUAUUGAAUUAUCAGGAACUAGGUUAGGUCAUGAUCAAACAAAUCAUCCAACCUUCAAGCAGGAAGCUCAAUUGAAGCCAACUAAUGGUUUCUGGUCUGGAAUUCACUUGCACGUACAUAAUAAUGGUGGAUCUUUCAAUAACAAACAAAGGCGGGAAACACAGUGUAUGAUAUCUUUCCAAGACUUUAGGGUAGCAAUGGAGCUGAAUCGACAGCAACUUGGUGAAGAUUGGCCAUCACAACUUGAGAAAAUCUGCUUCCACUCUGGUGAAGAUUUAUUCAACCCAACCUGAAGGUUCCUUGAUUUGUCAAAUUCUUGUUUGAUCCAUCUUUGCAAACAUCAAUGGAUAGUUUGUUUAAUUACUUGGUAUCUUCCCAUGGAAUAUUACCAUGGGAUAGGGAGAAAUCUCUCUGGAAUAGAUUCUUUAUAGUAACUCCGCCUUAUCUAUAUGAAUCAUCUCUUUUGAAUCAUAAUUCAGUCAGUGACUAAAGAAAGUUUGGUUCAAUCCUGGAAAUUUUAGGAGACACGAGUUACCAAAACCAGAUAGUUCAUGCUGUCAUAUGACCUACAGUGUUUUAGGAGGAAUCAGUUUUGCAGAUUACUAAUGUGUAACUUUGAUAUAGGUGAAAUCAGUUUUGUAAGUUCUUGUGGAAUCAUGUUGUUUGUAUAUUAAUUUCUUAAGUUUCUUGGGCAGUCUUUACAAUGGCAAUUUCUUGUUCAUUAAUUUUUGCAAUGUCCCAACACAUGCUACAUUAUUUAUCA